AUGAGAAUUCCACAGGUCUUUGCUUUUGCUGCUGCUGUAGCUGCAGUGACAAUUCCUCGCUCCAAGCACUCUUCUCCCAACCCACUCACAAAUGUGACCAUCUUCUCACCACCUUCCAACUACAACAUCCCACGGACGCUUUACCCGCGUAACGAGCAGCUUCCCAACGGCGACCUUCUUGCAACAUGGGAAAACUAUUCCCCAGAGCCACCCGCUGUCUACUUCCCCAUUUACCGCUCUAAGGAUCACGGAAAGACCUGGAAGGAGAUCUCCAAGGUCCAUGACACUGCCAACGGAUAUGGCCUGCGCUACCAGCCGUUCCUCUACUCUCUACCCGAGCGUGUCGGUUCAUUUAAAAAAGGCACUCUGCUUUUAGCCGGUAGUAGUAUUCCGACUGACCUAUCGUCCACGCACAUCGAUCUUUACGCAUCGCAGAACGACGGCGUAACUUGGAAGUUUGUUAGCCAUAUUGCUGCCGGAGGAGAGGCGCUGCCGAACAAUGGACUGACUCCUGUAUGGGAGCCAUUCCUACUUGCCCACAAGGGCAAGCUGAUCUGUUAUUACUCUGAUCAGCGGGACAAUGCAACCUACGGACAGACAAUGGUUCACCAGGUCUCCACCGAUCUGAAGAACUGGGGGGCUGUUGUAGAGGAUGUUACCUAUCCUACAUAUACUGACCGGCCCGGCAUGCCAGUUGUGGCCAAGCUUCCGAACGGUCAAUACUUCUACGUCUAUGAAUAUGGCUCUUUCUUCGGUACCUCAAGCUACUCCUUCCCUCUUUACUACCGUGUGUCAUCCGACCCUGAAAAUAUCGCCUCUGCUCCAGGCAAGCGUCUGGUUGUCUCGAGUGGUACUAAGCCGACAUCCUCGCCGUACGUUGUAUGGACACCAUACGGUGGUAAAAACGGCACCAUCAUUGUCAGCUCUGGAACACAGGGUACUUUGUUCAUUAACAAAGAGCUGGGCGAAGGGGAGUGGACAGAGAUUGCUUCGCCCCAAGAACACGGAUACACACGGUCUCUGCGGGUGAUGUCGGAGGAUGGAGGUCGUUACCUGAUUGUGCAUUCUGCAGGAGUGCUAAAUGGCGCAAACAAUCGGGUCUCUCUAAGUGUGAUGGAUUUGAAAGAGGUGUUGUAA